CCGCUUUGGGCUGUUGAUAAGGGAAAACAACAAUGAUCACGUAUGGCAGCCUAUAUAGACUGUCAUAUCCAAACACAUUCUGAGGCCAUUCAGAUUCAUCAGUCCCAAGUCUCAACAACCUACCUUACAUUGUCUCUUCAUUCCUUUGCCGAAAUUCUAUCUCUUUGAUUGCCCUCCUUGCUUCACAUCAAAAUGCAGCCGCAGCUCUUGUCCUUGUUUGUUGGAUUUGCCCUUGCGGCCCCUCAUCUUGGCCCUAGAGACGAUGGUUGUGGCGCGAUCGUCAGCUCUGCUGUGCCUAUCACCGUCACUGUUGUCUCUCCAGUGCAGACAGUUACUGUCAGUACCUACACCGAGAGUUCAAGCUCAGAUGCCUCUCAUACGGCAAUCCCUACCGGCUCUCCCGGCUCUCCCCCGGCGUCUGCCCCUGGGAUUUCCGAGACGCCUCAUGGAGCCUCCCCGUGGAGCAACAACACCGCCUUGCCCAAAGAAACCUUCAUCGUUACUCUCGGGCUUUCUACCCCGAGUGCGAUCCUCCCUACCUCCUCCGCUACGCCUGAAGUCCCACAGUCAGGGGUGGGAGAGCAACCUGCACCGUCGUCGCCGUCUGCAUCAACCAAAUCUGGAAGCUUCAAUGCCAAUGCUGCCAGCUCUGCCUCUCAGGGCUCCGAAACUCGCGGCCAGAGUUCAUCGCCUCUGGAAACAGCAUCCACUGAGGUCGGCGGUGUAGAGCCAAUCACCAUCACAACCGUGAUUCCCAUCACGCUGACUUCUCAGAGUGGAAGUGCCCCACUGCAGACAGAUAGUUCUUUGUCGACAAUCACUGGAAACACCUCAGCAAACGCCCCUUCGCAGACGAGUCAAAGUGUGCAAUCCCAGACGCCUGUUCAGGUCUCGGCCUCGACUGGAUCUCAAGCAGCUUCGUCUCUCUCAGUUACCAAGAUGUUCCUGGUCUUCAUUCUCUUGGCUGUAGAGGGAUUCUUCAUCUGCUAGUCGAGGUGAAUGUUCCUUGAGAAAUGUGGAUAAUAUCGAAGGAAGUAGAAGAGAAGAGACAAUUUCGCUGUGAGGGAGUUGUACGGUUGUAGUAAUGGGUAAUGGGGGCUAAAUAAUGCGUGGAUGCGUCAGUUUGCUGGUCAGUGGCCUGUCGUUGGUCCGAGUCAGAAAGCCGUUGAAGCUCGGGUGAGACACCGGUCUCAUUUUGUGGCAGUUUUUCUUCAUUUUGUGGGGUAAUUAGCCUUGGAAUCGUUAUCAUUAGCUCUACCAUUUUUAAUCUAUCUGGCUAGAUAUUUCCGGUAUUCCGGCAUCCUGA